UAUUGUCAUUAUAUUGGACUAAGCUCUCAACUGAGGUUAAUAUCUAUCCGUAUCUCUACUCAGUAAACACUACGACCAAUCAGAAAAAAUAUGCCUGUAACCACCCCAAGUGCCAGACUUGAAGUCUUCCCAUUACUGCUGUUAUUUGUAUUAUGUAUUGUUGUUUGUAAUAGUAAAACUAUUGGUAGUCAUGAUUACUGUAUUAUUGGUGCUGGUCCUGGAGGUUUACAACUAGGUUAUUAUAUGGAACAAGCUAAAAGAGACUAUAUCAUCUUUGAAAGAUCCAAUACUUCUGGAAGCUUCUAUGAAAAAUAUCCACGUCAUCGUAAACUUAUCAGCAUUAAUAAACGUCAUACUGGUCAAUCAAAUAAAGAAUUUAACAUGAGACACGAUUGGAACUCUUUAUUAAGUCAUGAUGAAUCUUUGUUAAUGAAAUACUAUUCUAAAGAAAUGUUUCCACCUGCUGAUAAUUUGCUCAAAUAUUUAAAUGAUUAUCAAACUAAAUUGGGCAUAGAUGUACAAUUUAAUACUGAAAUCAGUAAUAUACAUACAGUAGAGAAUGUUUCCGCACCUGAUGGGCAUUUAUUUCAUAUGAAUGAUCAACAUGGUAACAGUUAUAUUUGUAGAACAUUAAUUACUGCCACUGGUAUGUGGGUACCAAAUAUUCCUGAUGUUGAUGGUAUAGAACACACUGAUGGUUAUGAAAACAUGUCUCUCAAUACUGAUGAUUAUGAAGGCAAAACUGUUCUUAUCUUAGGCCGAGGUAAUUCAGCUUUUGAAACUGCAGAUUGGAUUUAUGGUUCAACAAACUUGAUUCAUAUGGUGGCUAGAUCAAGAGUACGAUUAUCUUGGGCUACUCACUAUGUUGGUGAUUUAAGAGCAAUCAAUAAUGGUUUGUUAGACACUUAUCAGCUGAAAUCUCUAGAUGGUGUAUUAGAGGCUGCUAUUAACGAGGUGAAAAUAGUGAAACGUGGUGAAAAACUUCAUCUUGAUUUAUCCAGUGAAGAUGCGGAAGAUGAUAACCUGAAUGAAGUUGAUAUGUACCUAGAUAAUUUUGCUAUAAGAGAACCCUAUGAUAAAAUUAUCAGAUGUUUGGGUUUUACAUUUGAUACAUCUAUAUUUGGCAAUAGUACCAAAAUGUUAAGAAAAGCUGCUGGUUUAAGAAUUAGUAAAUAUCCCUCCAUUGAUCAUAAUUAUGAGUCGACAUCAACUAAAGGUUUAUUUAUUGCUGGUACAGCCAGUCAUUCUUUAGAUCAUAGAAAAUCUGCUGGUGGUUUCAUUCAUGGCUUCAGAUAUACAGCUCGGGCCUUACAUCAUAUAUUAGAACAAAGAUAUGAAGAUGUCGUCUGGCCUCAUAAAACAUAUGAUAGUCGAGAGUUAUUGAGUGUUGUAUUGAAAAGAUUAAAUGAAGCAUCUGGGCCAUAUCAAAUGUUCAGUGUUUUAGGUGAUAUUAUAGUGUUUAGAGACAAUAAAAAGACAUUUGAAUAUUAUGAAGAAUUUCCCAUCCAUCUUCUGCAUGAUUUUACUAAUAUAACUGGUAGUGAGGCUAACGAAGUUAUAGCUGUGGUCUUACAAUAUGGUGCUAAUUUCUCGGGACCUGGUAAUGAUAUCUUCCGAUCUGACAGGGCUACUGGUGAUCCUUCAGAAGCUCAUCAAUCUAACUUUUUACAUCCAGUAUUAUAUUAUUACAAACAAUUACCAACAGCAUUUGAAAUGAAGACUAAAAAACGUCAUGAAAUUUUACCUCGUCCAAAUUUAAUGCAUCAUACUGUAGAAGAUUUCUUAACCAUGUGGGAUGCUCCAAUCAGCCAUAUUUUACCAUUGAGACGUUUUAUUGAAGAUGUAAUCAAAUCUGAUAUGCGUCAUUACUUUGUUGAAGAUUGUUUUAGAUUGUCAAUGUUACACACAACUUUACCUGACGGUUGUCAAAUAGUUAGUAAUAUAUGUAUCAGACGCCAGUACUAG